AAGAAGGGCCGUGAUGUAGGCGGAGCGUAAGGGCGUACCGUGAACGUGCGGGGAGCGAGACGUGUGUGAGGGCGUGACAAAGAAGAUCCAGCUUGAAGGAGGGGUGGGCUUAGGCGUAGGACAGAGGCGGGGCCAUGUUAGCGCGCAGGCGCGUGGCCGCGGCUGCAGGCCCACAGCGAUGGCAGAGGGGUAGCCAGGGCAGGGAACAGGAGCGGACCGCGGCCCUGGGUGGAUGGAGAGCUGGUUCGGGCUCCGACGCCGUGAGCGGGUCCAAGGCAGGACUUAAAGGGCUUUGUCGGAGACUUGGGCGGGGCGACGGGACGGGACGUGUUACGCGCAAUGACGUGAACGGCGUGAGGGGCGUGGCGAGGCGUAACGGGACGUGGCCAAGAUGGCCGCGCGCAUGAGUCUCUCCGGCACCGAGUGGAAGGGGUCCGCGCUCCGCGAAAUGUUCGGGUUGCUGGCUUCCUGCACAUUACUGGGGCCUGAUCGAGAUUUCAGGCUAAGCAUGGUGGUGAUGAGUAGCCUGAGGGCCAUUCUGCAGGCCUCUCCAUGCAGGUCACCGUGGAGAAGAUUCCAGAUCCCCAGCUUCCUGCCGGCGCGGCCCUGCAGCCUCUACACCUGCACGUACAAAGCCCGGAACCGAGCCUGGUUCUUGAGAUGUAGUUGCCGCAUAACGUCGUGUAAGUCGAAGGCAUGGGGUGUGAUGACCUGAUACACGUAGGGUGCAAAACCGUCAUAAGGGUCGGAGAGUGCUCUUCUCGACUCAUUUGAACAUGUUAGAAGGAUGCCGUGCGGAAAUAGGACGCGGGAGCUGUCCCGGUUUCGGGUGCUUUGGAACCUGUUCUGUGCUGUUCUUGUGGGCACUGGUCGUCUUACUAACGCCGAGCCACAGACCGAGAAUUCUUUCCGCGAACCUUAACGCUCUGCAAGUUGCAUCUUGGUGUUCGCAAGCAGGCCACUGGCUUCGCGCUCUGGAAUGUUCUUUCCCGAGUCACAGAAUGCCGAGUUGAUUCCAGCUGACCAGCUUGCCAGUGUGCGCUGUGCUGUCAGUACGGCAUCUGGGGAGGCAGCGGACGGUCUCUCCGGAACCCUCUCGCGUCCCGUUCUUCUCCUGAGGCACCAGCUACCUGUCAUCCCCGCGGCGCAGGGCUUGUCCGCGAGCCACUACUGCCGUGGGGGAUGGGCCAUUCUGUGUUGUUGCAGGUCAAGUGUGCACUAUAGCUGUUGAGUGACAUUCUAGAUAUCCCAAGGGACAAAGUCACCCUGGUAAAGAACCACGUAGUUUAUAGGAGGAGGUUAAUACAUGUGUUGAUGGAGAGAUGUGUUUAAUGAAACGGCUACGUACGUUUUAUAUAUUUCCCACCAUUCUCCAUGAAUUAACGCAGAGUUUCAAAUGUUGCCUUGCCUCAAAAUUUCAGGUUUCUUAACCUUUCCUCUGCAGGUUUCCUUUCUUUGAUCGUAAAUUGCACAUAAGAAAUAAGUUCAUUAGUGAUGCCGAUCUAGCUAAAUGCUGCAUUGCCUUGUAACUGCUUCGUAAAUAUAUUUUUAUUUUUAUUUUAUUUUGUUCCCUCCAGCUUUGACUGUUCUCAUUAGAAUAAAGUGGCUGGAGUCUUAAAUUUCUGGUUGCUGGGUAUAGCCUCCUACUAGUAGACACACAUCCUACUCAGACUGGGUUAUUCUCUACAUUUGCAUUUUGUGGUCUGAAGCUUAAAUUGAAAAAAAAAAAAAGC